CUGUCCGCAGUCUCUGGUCAUCCCUGUGCUGUCCGCAGUCUCUGGUCAUCCCUGUGCUGUCCGCAGUCUCUGGUCAUCCCCUGUACUGUCCGCAGUCUCUGGUCAUCUCCUGUACUGUCCGCAGUCUCUGGUCAUCCCUGUACUGUGUCCGCAGUCUCUGUCUCUGGUCAUCUCCUGUACUGUGUCCGCAGUCUCUGGUCAUCCCUGUGCUGUCCGCAGUCUCUGGUCAUCUCCUGUACUGUGUCCGCAGUCUCUGGUCAUCCCUGUACUGUGUCCGCAGUCUCUGGUCAUCCCUGUGCUGUCCGCAGUCUCUGGUCAUCUCCUGUACUGUGUCCGCAGUCUCUGGUCAUCUCCUGUACUGUGUCCGCAGUCUCUGGUCAUCCCUGUACUGUCCGCAGUCUCUGGUCAUCCCUGUACUGUGUCCGCAGUCUCUGGUCAUCCCUGUACUGUGUCCGCAGUCUCUGGUCAUCCCUGUACUGUGUCCGCAGUCUCUGGUCAUCCCUGUACUGUGUCCGCAGUCUCUGGUCAUCCCUGUACUGUGUCCGCAGUCUC